UGCCAAGCAAUACCAAAUGAAAUAAAAUAGGAGAGAAACGGUGAGGCGAACCCUCUGACGGUCAGACGAGCUUGGCUUCCGCUUGACUUGCUCGGCAUAUGCGGAACAUCCAGUCUCCAGACUCUGGCCCCCCUUCCCUCAGACGAACGCUGAUGAGCCGGCAUGCUUGUUCCCUCCCUCCCCCGCCUCCUCCCAGCUCCCCAGGUCUGAGCCUCCACCAAGGCCGACAAGCUGGCCGCAGGAACCAGAGGCGUGCUGGAGACAUGCUCGUAACCACUGUGGAUGGAUGAAUCGAGUCUUUGAGAGCGCAUCCCGCUACACUCGCACGCAGAUAUGCCGUUCUGGUCAUCAACCGAAGCAGCGCACUAUUCGCGCGACUCUUGCCGUUCCUCGAGACAGGACGGACUGCCUGUCGUGCCACCUACCUCUCUCUUUACCGCGCUCAACGCGCUACAGUCUCGCUCCGACACUAAAAAAACGACGGUGCCACGGCUCAAUACCCUCCCGUGCAGCAGCCCAAGACUCGGAAUCAAGGCCUGGUCCCUGUUACACCCCUCAAGCCCCUGGUUUACAGGUAGAUGCGGUGCGGCCACAGCGACGUUGCCCAAAUGCAAUUGGUUGCUGACUAUUUUCUCUCAAGGCCCCUUGGCUCGAGGUGUCGACGGUUUGCUUAUUUCUUCCAAUGACAUCGGACUGUCACGUCAGGGCAAGCCACUGGCGCUCAUCACUGUUCGUCAACGACGACGCACCAUCCAUCUCACACACGCACACACGCACACACACACCCAUUCACAAAACCCACCCGUCCGUCCAUUCGCCAAACCUUGUAACGACAGUCUCGGAAGCGGUGGCGCUAAAGAAAGAAGCUUGAACUUCCAGGGCUGCCCCCCAAGCCUGGAGCCGGUUACCCUGUGUCCAGCCACCAAGCCCUCCUCCAACCCGUUAAUUAGCAUUGACCAAAUGCUGCAAUGCGCACUCGACGACACUUUUGCCUAUCUGGGCCAUGUCGGCGCAGCCAGGACUGGGUAGCACCCAUCCGGCCUGGCUAAUUACCUAUCUUACUUCUCUACUCAGUUAAUCAAGUCACGGACAACAGAGCUGUUGCUCACAACUGGAAACGGGC